UUUUAUUCCCCGAAUAUUUUUUUUUGGAAAUAACGAAAUCGAAUCGCAGCAGCUUUCACUUUUCCAUAAUAUCCAAAUCUUCGGAUCGCAUAUUUUUACUUUUGGCACCUUCAAAUGGCGAAACGAAAUCCUUUCAGCAUCUCAGACUGAAGAAGCAAACUCGGCUGUCUUCGGAAGAACACGAAGUAAAUGGUGUAGGAAAGCAACAUUUUAAUUCAUCCGUCUUCUACAUCCUCUUGGUCCUCGCGCGCUGUCACCGCCUCGUAUUUAUAAGCAAAAUAAAAAAACCGGAACCAGAAUGUUCUUUUUCCGAGAGGUGACGGCAUCACAACGACCUCAUGCCUGACUUGAGGAGUGCAAUAAUCGCAGUGCUGGUUUUUAGUCAAUGCUCUAGUUUGGCCUUCAACGAGAAAGGAGACCUUGAGCACAAUGAUUUAAUAGAAAACUUCACAAAGUUUUUGAAUGACGAGGAAAACAGACGCCAUUUAAAACUACUGCGACCGAUGUCAGGAGGUGAAGCAGUGCAAGUUAAAGUUGGCAUUCACAUUGUGUAUAUUGGAAAAUUUAGAGAGUCAGAUAUGGAAUACACAAUGGAGAUGUAUUUCCGGCAAUACUGGAAAGACGACAGAUUAGCAUUCCCUAAUCUCAACCAGCCGGUAACUUUCAGUGGUGAACUCCCCAACGUCUUAUGGCAACCAGACACAUACUUUGAAAAUGGCUUCGACGGUAGACUACACCAUUUAACAGUUUUGAAUAAGUUCCUGCGUCUUAAUCCUGACGGGCGUGUGUUGGUCAGUACCAGAUUAACCUUAACCUGUUCCUGUGAGAUGGACUUCAGGAAGUUCCCAAUGGAUACACAGAUUUGCAACCUCUAUUUCGCAAGUUAUGGUUUCACAACAAGGGAUCUGAUUUACAGCUGGAAUGAUGAGUUUGUUUCAUAUGGAAACGCUAAAGAAAACGAACAGUUUUCCCUCAAAACAUUUCGCUAUCUAAACGGAACAAGAUCCUACGCCACGGGUCACUUCUCGUACCUUGGUGUUCGCUUCAUUUUCGUUCGACGCUUAAGCUUUUUCUUGGCAAAAGUCUACGUUCCCGCGAUGUUGGUAGUAAUUGUUUCCUGGCUGUCUUUUUUCGUUGACAAGAACUCGGUUCCCGCUCGAAUAUCCCUUGGAAUUACAACAGUUCUCACGAUGACCACGCUUAUCAUGGGUCUCGGGCAAGACUCUUUACCGGUAGUGUCUUAUAUGAGGGCAUUGGACUGGUACCUAAUUGUCUGUUACUUGUUGGUUUCUGGUUCUUUCGCCGAAUAUGCUGUGGUCAACUACACAAGCAGGUUUCGUUCAAAUCGAAGGAAUAAAUUUCGAUAUCCAGAGGAAAUAUCCUCUCCUGAAAGAACAUCAAGUGAAGCGUUUCCUAAUUUGCGACCGGCUGCCGAUGUUGAAAACAAAGCCUCCAUUUCAUGGGCGCAGGAGGAUUUGACUGUUACGGAGAAUGAAAGCAGCACUUUAGAUAAAUGGUCUCGUUAUAUCUUCCUACCAACGUUUAUCAUUCUAAAUGUCGUAUUCUGGGUAUAUUACUUGGUUCUAGAUGACAACAAUUUCUAACAAUUCAGUGAAACAGAAACAACAAAACAAGGUUCGACCCGGCAGUCAUAAAUCUGAAAUUUGAUACUUCGGCCAGAGAAUUAAAGGCUGAAUCAGUGGUAACUGGGUGGAAGGGUGUUACAGUUACCUAACUGUGUGAUAGUUGUCACUGAAAAGAGAAGACAACUGAGCCUAGUACUCUCUAAACAGAUGAUUUAAGUAAUAUUGGGUUUUCUCGCUACAUUUCCUUAUUCUUUUUUAUUUGUUGACAAAUUUGUAAGGUAAUGUAAUGUUGCAAUUCUUGUGUAAUUAUUGAUUGAUUACUUGUAAAUCGUAGUUAAUGAUUUGUGGUAGAAAAAAAUAGUAAUAAUAGUAUGCACACUAAGGCUUUUCGGAGCAAUAAGGUGACACCAUGGCUUAGCUGAAUCCCCGUCCCCAUAAUGGUGGGCUUUGCCCACCGAAAAAAUUUAUCUGAGAUUCGCCUGGUAGUUAUGCACCUUAUUCAUGAAUGGCGGACGAGCGGUUGAGACCUUAACCAAGUUCACAACUGAAAACGAGAUUUAGGAGGCAUCGGUCGACCUGACGACGCUGUAGGCUUUGUUCGAAAGGUUGUGGAUUGUGGAAAUGUCGAUAGUUUUAUUAUUUUUUUUAUCUUAUUUAUUCUUAUUUAUUUCAUUUAUUUAUUUUAUUUUUGAUCUUACAUAGCGUGGAUAUCUUGUGGAAUGUUCUGUUGUAAAAAUGGCGUCGAGUUUUGCAGUUAAUUUGAGUGAAGAAGACAUUCCCGGGGGGUCUUUAAAGGGAAGAAACCCAUUUAUUUAUUUAUUACAAUUUAAUGGCAAUUAACAAAAUAAAAUAAGUACUUGUAACAAAGGAAAUGCCGUAAGGAUGGUCUGUAAAAGAGUCCAAGACCCCAUCCUCAGAUAGACCACCUAACUAAAUAUGUAGUUUGAAAAUAUAUUUAAUAUAUAAUUAAUCUAAUUAAUUAAAAUCUGAUAUAAAAAUUCUAAAAUAUGUGACUAUGAGUUUUCGGUAAUUUUACCAGUGUAGUUGGGAUUCAUUCAGUAAGAAGUUCCUCACACCACGCUUAAAACUUGAUACUAGACGCUGAUCUAAUUUAAAAUGGGAGUGAAUUCUACCUAUCAACAAUACGAUUAAGAAAACUAAACCUAAAAGUGUUUGUACGGGAGUAAUUCUUCUUUAAAGUAAGUCCAUCUCUCUCUCUGAAAGGGUAUCGAGCAGUAUCAGAGUAAAACUGAACAGUUGAAGAGAUAUCAAUGUCAACAUAACCAUUCAAAACUU